AUGCGCCUGUUCCUACAAGAGGAAAGCGGGCAUUUCAAAUAUGAAAUAAUUAUCACCGUGGUAUAUAGAGUUGAAGUAGUCCUGCCCAAAGAACGCAAGGACGCGCUGCAUCGUUGUUGGAGGAGGGGUAGAUGGGUGUGGUAUAUUGGGGGUGCACGAACCCUGGCAACACCGCCGGGGAAACACAGGCAAAGUAUGGCAGGGCAUUCCCAUAGAAACGGGCGCGAAGGGGAUAUAAACCCAAUUAAUGCGUAUAUUUUCAACAAGUGGGGUCGGUGGCCUAGUCAGGUCAAGCCAGACCCGAGUCUGGGGGCGCGAAAGCCGCCUUCCCCUCUACCCACCACCCGGCUAGGAGCAGUCAGGCCAAACCAGAUCCGGCUGGAAGGCGCUGCCCCUACCCGACGCAUACGACCGACCGAACGGUGGAAAACCCCAAAAUAA